UCAGGUUGGGGACCGAUUAUUAAUCUUCGGAUUUGCGCUCGUCUCGGCUACAGGUAGUCUUCAAAUCCCGGCAGCUAGUUUAUAAAUUGAAUGAGAUAUAUGUAAUAGAAACGCAGCGAAACACACGCAGAGAUGACAUGACAUAAGGAAAACGUUGAAAGAUAAAUGAGGUGCUCUAGUCAAAAAUAAGGCGAUACGGAGCGCUAUGCAAGUGAAGUGAACCACCAGUGGCAAAGAGUCUAAAUUGUUAUUGGAGGGCUCAGUAUGCCUCUGGAGCAGGCUUGUCUAAGUGGGCGAGAGCCACGUGCAUCCAGCAAGCAUGUCAAGGACAGGAGCAACGCUGCCACCCUGCUGGCCUCAAGGAGUACUGCAGACACCGAGUCCUACAGAAGAGGCUCUCGCUGCGGCUCUGAAAAAGAUUCUGGAUAUUCCGACAACAGCUGUACAGACUGGCUCCAUGUGGAUAGAGAGGACCAGGGCAGCAGCGCGAAUGAACCCAGGGGAAGGGAAGGUCUUCAGGGCCAGGUCAAGCCCGGAGGCCCCGACCUCACCCCCAUCUUCAUCAUCAAGAACGUGGUGCUCAAACAGAAUGGCUCAGACCAUCACCUCCAGAACCAGCUAAACUGGGAGAACAGAGGAGGAAGUUCCAAUGACUCUGGCCCCUGUCAUGUGAUCCUGGUCCAGCAGCCCAGUGAAGCCUCGCCCUCACCCGCAUCCCCAAAGCCCCACAGAACACAGUCCCGGAGAGCUGACAGCACAGCCAGGAAAACCAAAAGCAGAACCUACCUGCCCAUUCUUAAGUCCUACCCCCGUAUCGCCCCCCAUCCCAGCAAGAAGCCCUCAGACAAGACCCCAGUGGACCCCCAUGUUAAGGGGACUGGCAAUGAGGACCAGAGCCAGGACAAGAGGGAUGAGGUGUCCACUACUACUCACUUACUGACACCAACCAGAAAACAUGUCCGGAAGCAGCCGGACCCCAAGAGAAGCCUGUCCCACUGGAGGAGCCCUGCCUUCUCCCACUCCCCUAGUCCCCGCUCUCGACCCCGCUCUCGAUCUCCCUCCACACUUUCCAGCUUUGGCUCCCCCUCUGUGUCCAGCUCCGACACCACCACCGCCUCCUCCUACUCCUCUUCCGGUGGCUCCUCUCCCCUCCCGGCCAGCAGGUGGCCCCGCAGGCACAGUCCAGGCCUGUCCCAGUUCAGUGCGGCGCGCGACAGGCGCUUCCUGAACACGGUGGGCAUCCUAAGCCAGUCAGGCCUGCUUGACAUCACGCUGCGCACCCAGGACCUCCUCCGUCAGACCAACGCCACAGACCGAGACAUCACCCAGCUCCGCCAGCACACCCAGCUGCUGUUGCAGGCCACCAACCAUCACAACAACAACAACAACCCCAAUAACAACAACCCCAGUAAUAACAACGACAACAACAACCCCUAUAACAACAACAAUCCCAAGAACAACGAUCCCAAUGCCAACACAGCCAACGCGGGCUGGGAGAGGAUACACCAGGCUAUGGCUCAGUCAGGCUGCUACCCCAGCCUCAAGAACCUGGGGAGUGAAGAGGAUCACCACAGUUAUAGUCCAGAGCCAGGAGUGGGACGGGACGCCAGUUUCAAGAGAGAUUCAGUUGGCCCUAAUAUCGCCACUCAUACCCACAAUGGUUUGGAGGCCCCGGCCCCACCCUCGCCCCUCCUGGCCCCCAUAUCAGAUCUGCUCCCACAGUACUGCCCUGUUUCCCUGGCAUUCUCUAAUCAGCGUCACCACGUCCCGCUCUCACUCUGGGCAGGCCAGAGCCAAACCCCCUGAGACAUUCACCAUCAUGCCCCCUGACAGUUCCACCCAUGGGGUCUUCUCUAGCACCUGCCCAGGGAAACGCAGGGCACCUGGCCAGUUUGUAACCCUGUGUAACAAUCAAUUCAGUUCAUGCUCCAAUGAACCCAAAGUAUGUAGUCUGUAUAGUAACAUGUUUCCAACGGUUACCCCAGCAGAGACAUUACUAGCCUCCCAAACAAAGACAAUAAAGGUUGUUUUGGCCUCUUCUUCAAAGACUGCUUGAGGAAAUUCCUGGAGAUGCUGAAGGGAAGAGGUUGAACGUUUAAUGACGCGUGAGACAAUGUUGAAACGGACAGCGCUACGCUACACUGUAUUUCUGCACAGCGUCUGAAUGCUACUCAAUGCCUGCCAUAAAAACUCUGCUUCAGCUUACCUUUUUGUAAGCUGAAUAUCAAUAAACUUCACCCCGUAUAGAGAAAAUAUACUGAUAAUGUGCAUUAUUUUUGUAUUUGCCAUACAUAAAAGACUGACCAGGUGAAA